CCCCUGACUAUCCGAACUCGCCUCCUAUGUGAUGUCAAAUUUAUGACAUGACGAACGACAUGCGAACGACGUACGUCAGUGAUCAUGUGAUUAGCAAGACAUGAGUGAUUUGUUUAUCUCUGUUGUCUUUGUUGAAAUUGUACCAUUUUAUAAAAAAUAGAGCAAACGGAUAACAGAAACAUAUUGUUGACAAAAAGGUCAAGGACUGUGUAGUGCGACAUUGGCAAACUUUUCAGGGUACAUGUUACGUUAUGAAAUUAUAAACAAUAAUUAGUUUAAAUUGUUGGCUUUGAAGAAACACAUUACAAUAUUUCAACAAGUAUUAAAUUUGAACUUACAAAAAUGGAAUACCAAAGGUCUCCAGAAGUGGAUAUUAUCGAAACCUGCCACCAAACAUGUCCAGAAGAUUGUUGUAAUGCUCCGACAAAACCUUUAUUAACUGAAGAAAAAAUGCGAAGGAAACUUCAAUUCUUCUUUAUGAAUCCUAUAGAAAAGUGGCAAGCUAAGAAAAGAUUUCCAUACAAAUUUGGAGUGCAAGUUAUUAAAAUAAUCCUUGUUACAAUGCAGCUAUGUUUGUUCGCUUAUUACAGAUACAAUCAUGUCAAUUAUACUUGGGAUAAUAGAAUAACAUUUUCCCAUUUAUUUUUAAAAGGUUGGGAUGCUACAAGAGAAGUAAAUGCCUAUCCUCCAUCUGCAGGGCCUCUUGCAAUCUACAGGGAGGAUGAAUUUUACGCAACAAUUGAUUAUGCCUACUUAGGAUACUCACGCCUUGAUAAAGCAGUUGGAUCUUAUUCGUAUGCCAACGAAGACAAUUCAAAGAAAGACAUGUUACUAUGCCUUUAUCAAUACAAAGAAGGCAUCAUAUUUGGCUUUAACGAGUCAUAUAUUUUUAACAGUGAAGUUAUAAAAACAUGUAUUAAUAUAUCACGACCUAUCAGUGAGGCACUUGACUCAAAAUUAUAUAUGAAAAAUCAUACAGUAGACAUUAACUUUUCAGCUUUAGUUAGAGCCGAAUUGAUAUUUUCUUUAAAAACAGUAAAUUUUAAGUCUGCUGGUAGGAUAUCUCCACCGAAUUGUUAUUUAUUUAAUAUAAUUAUAAAUUUUGAUAAUGAAGAUCACGAUGGGCAAAUGGUAGUAUCUUUGGAUGCAGAACCUAUUCGCUUAUCAUGUAAGGGUGAUGUUACUUAUAAAAAAGAUAAUGAAAUAGAAUCGGUGCUGAGAAGUUUACUAAAUUAUCUGGUGAUGUUAAUCUGCAUCACUUCAUUUAUUCUUUGUUCAAGAGCUGUAUGGCGAGCCUACCAAUUGAAAAAUAUUACAAAUAAAUUUUUUAUUACAAGAUUCGAACAACCAUUGAGUCACGCGGAUAGAAUGAAGUUUUUAAAUCUCUGGUAUAUUAUGAUAAUUAUUAACGAUUUAUUAAUCAUUAUUGGUUCGGCUGUAAAGGAACAAAUUGAGAAAGAGCAAUUUGCUUCUGAUCAGUGGAAUAUUUGUAGUUUAUUUUUAGGUAUUGGUAACUUAUUGGUGUGGUUUGGGGUAUUGAGAUAUUUAGGCUUCUUUAGAACAUAUAACGUCGUUAUUCUGACCCUUCAAAAAGCAGCUCCACAAGUAGCGAGGUUUUUAUUAUGUGCCCUGUUGAUAUAUGCCGGUUUUACUUUCUCUGGAUGGUUAAUUUUGGGACCAUACCAUCUUAAGUUCAGAUCCUUAUCAACAACUUCGGAAUGCCUGUUUUCCUUAAUAAACGGAGAUGAUAUGUUUGCUACUUUUUCCAUAAUGUCCAACAAAUCUCCACUUCUAUGGUGGUUUAGUAGGAUUUACUUAUACUCUUUUAUAAGUUUAUACAUUUAUAUAAUAUUAAGUUUGUUCAUAUCUGUAAUUAUGGAUGCAUAUGAUACUAUAAAAUUAUACUAUAACGAGGGUUUUCCAAAAACGAGUUUAGAAUGCUUUAUUGGCGAAACAAGAUUAGAGGAUGUAUCAAGUGGUUUGUUUAGAACUGAUUCAAAUGAUAGUCUAGGGGGACUCAUGAAAGAUUUGUGUUGUUGUAAAAACAUUCACAGGAGUUAUUCAACUUUAAGAUCAAACACUCCGACUAGGUCCAGUAUUUUGAUAUGAUUUUGACUUCAGCCUUGCAGGCUUUACAAGUAAAGAUAACCGGAAAUAUAUAGUUUUAUUAAACAAUUAUUAUUGUCUAGUAGUUCUAAAAAAAUCAUCAUACUUGGUCCAAUAAUGAAUUUGUAUGGAAGUAUAAAGUGAUCUCUACCACGAAGUGAUAGAUACUAAUCUAAUCUGAAAAUGUUUCAAUACUGAUAUUUUAUUCCGCCACUCAUAUUUGUUAUUAAUUUCUUGAAACACUAGGGACAAUACAAAUUAUUUAUUUUGUCACAAUUUUUACUAGGAUUUGUUUCUUGCCAAAAUCUUUCUAUAACAAUGAAGCAUAUACCAGGAUACAGGGUGAUAAGUAACUUAAGUCACUCAUUUAUAGUAGACAACUUAUGGUUGCUCUAGACAACACCAAUUCAAUACCAGUUGACGUAUUGCAAGGGUGACAGUUCUGGAAAACAGUCACAUCAUUAGUCAAUUUCUUUCUGCAUUUAUAGUCGGUGUAAAAGCAAUUUCAAAUACGGAAUAAAUUUGAAGUACAUUUACAAUACUAGUUAAGAUAACACAGGCCUGCGUUUAAAUACUCUGUAAAAUGUGAAUUGAACUUUUCAACUGAAAUUGGGUAUUUCAGUGACGCUGAUUUCAAACAAAAUACUACAAGAAUGCAAAAAGUAAAAAUAUAUUUAUAGAUAAAAAAGAAAAUAAUAAAAACAAACAAUAAAACCGGGGAAGUAGUUAAAAAAUAACAUACAUUAAUCCUUUGUUUUCUUGAAAAAUCUCUCUUUCUGGAAAAGCUUCUUUUUGUUGUUUUUCGUGCAUAUUCUGCGGUAGGACGGCCCCUUUUAAGCAUCAAACAGUAGACGGCCAUCAUUUUGAUAUCCCAGCGCCCUUGAUAUCGCCGUUCCAUCUCUUUUAUGUCCUGGUGAAAGCGCUCCCCUUGCUCUUCACUGACAUCGCCAAGAUUAUCCGGAAAAUAGUCAAGAUGAGCAUGUAGAAAAUGAAUUUUUAAGCUCAAGUUACAGCCUAACUUUCUAAAUUUGUCCAACGUGUUUUCAACAAUACUUUCAAAUUCAGGGUCUUUGUAGUUUCCUAGAAACUUAUUUAUAACUUGUUUAAAAGCUGUCCAUGCUUCUUUUUUGUCUUCCUGCAUAACCGUCUCAAUUUCAUUAGUUUUCAUCAACCUUCUUAUUUGUGGCCUAACAAAGAUGCCUUCUUUUAAUUUAACUUCAGAGAGACCCGGAAAUGUUUCACACAAGUACUUAAAGCAAUCACCAUUUUUGUCUAGAGCUUUGACAAAUUGUUUCAUCAGCCCCAAUUUUAUAUGUAGAAAGGGUAAUAAAAUUUUCUCGGUAUCAACUAGACUUUCCCAAAUUACGUUUUUGGAGCCAGGCGUUAAAUUUUUUCUUGGUGGCCAGUUUUUUUUGGUCCAGUGGUCAUCUCUUGCUCUACUGUCCUACUCACAUAGGAAACAUGGGUAUUUCGUAUAUCCGGAUUGUUGACCUAAAAGCAACCCUAAAAUUUUAAGGUCACCACAUAGAAUCCAGUUAUGUUGUCUGUAGUUUAUUCUUAAAAGCAGUACCUCAAGAUUUUCGUAAUUUUCUUUUAGCUGAUUAGAAUGACCAACAGGAACAGAUGCAUAUAAAUUGCCAUUAUGAAGUAGAACAGCUUUAAGACGUCUCUUUGAAGAGUCUAUAAAAAGUCUCCACUCGGCAGGAUUGUAUUCAGGAGCACCUAGGUGAAUAACCAAAUCAGAUUCAUUUUGACAAUAUACAAGUGAACCAGCUGCGGAAAAGUAAUUGACAAAUUCAGCCUCACAAUUUCUAUACCUAUAAAAUGUAGUAACUGGAGCAAGUCAUUUUUUUUUCUUUAAGCCUUGAUCCUAAAACCUCAGAGAGGUCUUUUGGAAGUCCCAAAUCCCUGACUAAGUCAUUCAGUUCUACUUGAGAAAAUAGCUGCGGUUCACGGGUUCCUGAGGUAGAUGGCUCAAAAAUGUCAAUUUCUGAAUCUGUUGAAGAUUCGGAUUUGAUAGACUGUAAUACUUUAGGUGGAACAGGUACAGGUAUAUCAGCGUCAUGUGGAACUGGUUUUAUUGCAGACGAAAGAUAAGGAUAGUUAAUAUACUUUAGAGAUUUUGUGUUAUGACCUUUAAUAUCACAAAGACAAAAAUAGCAGUCGUCAAUGUGAUUUUUAGGUUCUCUCCAGACCAUUGGUAUUCCAAACGGUAGGGCUUUUCUUGUUUCUUUAAACCAAUGCCUCAACUUGCAGAUAACAUGUGGCGCCCAAGGUUAGAAAGUGCACAACGAAACACCGAUAGAAUUCGAUAGACAACGCCUGUCUCAAUACCACGGGGAUACUAAAUAUAUCGCCCUCUUUCCUGAAUAAAUCGAGUCUCGGUGAAUCCUCAACAACGUCUCAGCGUUUUGAACAAAAAUAAGGAAUUCAAAUUAAUUUGUUCGCGAUGUUCAGGGAUAAUACCCUUGAUACUAGUUUACAAAAAAAGUUUACGUGAUAGAAUAAAAAGGGGGUUAUUUUAGCUAUAUAGAAGUUGUAAAUAGCUGAAAAAACAAUAAAAUGGCUAGAUCACAAAAUUUUCGCGGGCCUGUAUAAUGGGUUAGGUUAGUAACAACUAAUUAAUUACAAAGAUAAAGACAAAUACAAAAUAGUUAAUACUAGAAUGAAGAUAUAUAAUGCUCGGCAUUUUAUAUUAUACUCUUCACAGUUUAACAGUCCCCCCCCCCCUAACCCUAAUUUUUAAACAGAUUUUUUCAGAAUCGCUAUCCCCUUAUAAAGCUUGAUUUAUUCUGGAGAUUUGAAUUUGAUUUCGUUUUUUAUUUUUGAGUUAGGAUUUUUUUAAUAUUUCAACCCCCCUUCUCGUCUAAUUUUUUUUCAGAAUCAAUAGACUUCAUUCCUUUAUAGAGCUUGAUUUUUACUAAAAAUUCAUGCUGAUAUCGCUUCUGAUGUUUGUUUUUUAUUUAUUUUUUAUUUCAACCCCCGUAACCCCUAUUUUGCUCACAUUUUUUUUUUAAAUCAAUAAGCUUUGUCCCCUUAUAGAACUU